UGUGCCUGCAGCUGACUCACUCCAGGACUGAUGGGAACCCUGCCGUUCCUACUGCUCCCCAUGGACAGCAACAGGACUGUCGUCCAUGUGCUCUCACGGACUUUGUACCAUAUGCUACUGUGGACAGCUGUGCUAAAUCUUGUUGCUGAGUCUCAUGGUCUUCCGAAGGCUGUGGUGAAACUUGAGCCCCCAUGGAUCCAGGUACUUAAGGAAGACACUGUGACACUGAUGUGCGAAGGGACCCACAACACCAAGAAUUGUUCUACUCAGUGGUUUCACAAUGGGAGCUCCAGCUGGCACCAAGCCCAAGCCAACUACACGUUUAAGGCCACAGUCAAUGAUAGUGGAGAAUACCGGUGCCGAAUGGAGGAGUCUGACAUCAGCGAACCCAUACAUCUGGGAGUGAUUUCUGACUGGCUGCUGCUCCAGACCCCUCAACUGGUGUUUGAGGAAGGGGAAACCAUCACAUUAAGGUGCCAUAGCUGGAAGAACAAACAGCUGACUAAGGUCUUGUUGUUCCAGAAUGGAAAACCUGUGAGGUAUUAUCAUCACAGCAGCAAUUUUUCAAUCCCCAAAGCCAACCACAGUCACAGUGGGAACUACUAUUGCAAAGCAAAUCUAGGAAGGACAAUGCACACGUCCAAGCCUGUCACCAUCACUGUCCAAGGGCCCAAAUCCAGCAGUUCGUUGCCGGUAUUGACGAUUGUAGCUGCUGUCGCUGGAAUUGCUGUAGCUGCCAUUGUUAUUAUCCUGGUAUCCUUGGUCUAUCUCAAGAAAAAGCAGGUUCCAGCUCUCCCAGGAAACCCUGAUCACAGGGAAAUGGGAGAAGCCCUUCCUGAGGAACUGGGUGAGUACAGGAAGCCCUCUGGGGGCUCAGUGCCUGUCAGCCCAGGGCCUCCAUCUGGACUGGAGCCGACAAGAAGCAGCUCAUACACUCCUUCUGGUCUCGAAGAAGCUGAGAAAACUGAGGUGGAGAAUACAAUCACCUAUUCACUUCUCAAGCAUCCUGAAGCCCCGGAUGAAGAAUCGGAUCACGACUACCAGAACCACAUUUAGUCUCUCUUGGGAUUGGGAAAAGCAAACCAGUAAGGCCCGGACCUAGCGUCUCCUGGUCCAAGGAAUGCUGUAGAUAUGAAAGAAAACAUCUAGAGUCCCUUCUGUGAGUCCUGAAACCAACAGACACUACGAUAUUGGUUCCCAAUGGUUGACUGUACUAAUGACUUAAUAACUUACAGCUUCCCAACUCAAGACUCUUUUGCUAUAGAUCCACACAGCCAAUAAAAUUAAUCAACUUACUGUCAUUAAGAGACUACAGCAACAUGGGAACUGCUUAUAUUACAUGCUAAGGAGAACAAGUAACAUUAGGAUGCAUAAUCUCAGCGAUGAUCAACUAGACGUGUACCAACGUGUCAAAAGUGAUGCUUCUUUAUAAGAAACUUUAUUUCCUUAUUUUUCUAUAAAGGUCACAUGUUACUUUUAUAGUAAAAUGUUGUGAAAAUGUCAUUCUA